AUACUCUCCAAGAAAACGGAUGGUUGUAUAGAUUUAACAUUGACUGGUCUUGCCUCAUAGAUGGCCCCAUCACUUCAAGUCGGGUUGACUUACAAGGGCUGCAACCCGAUCGGCUCUUCCCACUUUCUUCAGCCAGCGUCUGCCCCUUUUCCCCCCCUCAAAAUACUCAUUUAAACUCGCCUCUCAAGCCUCUUGAUCCUACCAUCCCUCCCUACUAGAAUACUCCUCAAAACCAUCUCUACCUAAAAAAAUACACAUUUAGAUCCACUUCUUAACCCAUCAACCUCUCCUACUAUGGCAUUCUGUUCACCUUGCAAUCGUGGCUUCAAUGCCUACCAUAGUUACAUACAACACUUAAAUAAUUCACCUCGACAUCGCCAUGAUCCAAACUCUCUGCCGUUUCGGCCACCAGCAGCCGGACUGCAUUGCGUCGCAUGUGGACGCGUCUUCUUCACCAGAGUCGAGUUUGUACGGCAUGUCUACGACUGUACAAACCAGAUCAUGGAUUACGAGUGUGCCUGUGGUCGACAGUUUGCCCGAGAAUCGUCAUUAGUGGCGCAUUUCGAGAGGUUGACAUGUCCGUCAUGGGUUGAUCUUCGGUUCGUCGACAACUAUUUCAGCGGCCGUUGCGACCCCGACGGACGAUUUGUUCGCAGUGAGAGGAUCAGCCAGGAGCCUCCCAUGCCCAACUUCGAGCUCGAUGGACGAGGUCGCUACUGGUGCAGACUAUGUUACAAGCGGUUUCGAACUCCAUACGAACUGACAUGUCAUGUGUGGAGUCCCCCACACAAGAAUUGGGGUCUCCGGGCCUAUCAUUGCCCAUCGGAACGCUGCCAACAAUCAGAGUUCUUCUGUUUGAGCGACCUGAUGGCCCAUCUUGAGACUGGCCAGUGUGAGGAACACCUCGGACGGGAACUGUCCCAGCGAGUCAUCGCCCUAGUGGACGUUGUAGGCUAUCUUUAAACUACAAACGUGCUCUGGUCUUUCUUUUUCUUCCUCUUGACUUCAGUUUCCUCCUCUACCUAAAUCGGAUUGGAAUUUAUUGAAGAGUUUCGAUCGAUCUCAUACCCCGAACCAAGAACGACGGAGGAACGUUGGACAUGUAUCACUCCGAUGAAAGCUCAAAUCACUUUCUUCAUCGACUAUGUUUGAUUAUUUCGGCUGCUUCUAACUCGAUGUAUUAUGAUACAAAUUUCAACUUUUACUUCUCAUAA